UAAACUUCUUGAAACAUCUUAUAAAUCUAGAGAGAUGACUAGAAUGUCGCGUGUCGAUAAAAACGGAUUGAGAAAAGGCCCAUGGAGCAAAGACGAAGACGAUAAGUUGAGAGCAUACAUCGAGAGAUACGGCCAUUGGAACUGGCGUGAGCUCCCUAAGUUUGCCGGUGUAAAGAGAUGUGGAAAGAGUUGCAGGUUGCGAUGGAUGAAUUAUCUUCGUCCGAACAUUAAACAUGGGAAUUUUACAAACGAAGAAGAAGAUUUGAUUAUGGACAUGCAUAACAAGAUUGGCAACAAAUGGUCAAAAAUCGCAGCCGAAUUACCAGGACGAAGCGACAACGAAAUAAAGAAUUACUGGCAUACACACUUGAAAAAACGAGCUAAAAAGGAUCAAAAUGACCCGAAAAAUAUGUUUCAUGCCACAAAAAAACACACAAAUUUAAAAGACCAUGAUGAAGUUGAAGCUUUAUGUGCAUCAUCUUCAGAACUAUCAUUUGCUAGCAGUACACCUGAGUAUCCGUGUGUGACAAAGUCCUCACCACCACCACCACCACAAUCGUCUUCGUUGGCAUCUGAUAGUUUGAUCUCGAGUGGGGAUUCGAUACAAACAUGCAAUAAUGAAUAUGAAGAUGACUUUUGGACAGAUCCAUUUUUUACGGAUAUAGAUGGUGUCAAUAAUGUGAUCAUAGCUCCGGAUGAUUUUGAUGAAUUUAUGUGGGCAACUAUGGAUUUAUAUUCUCAGUAUCAUAGCCAGUUCAGGAUAUGAAUAUAUGUUGAUCAUUUCAUGAUCGGCUAGUAUUUGCUUUAAAGCAUAAUUAUGUACACAAUUUUCUCGGCUGAUGUACGGUUAACUAUAAAAAGAGUUUUAUUUUCAGU